UCUUCCUUCCAUUCCCGGAACAGCAACAGAGACUCCUACGUACUCUAAAGAAUUUCACAUUCAGACAAAAUUCAACAGCUGCCUUGCAAGACUAAGACCACCUCUCUUCCCUCUCAAACCCCCAACUCAAGAAGCUCUCUCUUUUACUAUCACUCUCCAAAAAUUCCUCUUCCAAACCCCGCCAUUUCCAAUUUCUGAUUUGUGAUUUCUGCAACUCAUACAAGAAUCUGUCUUGGGUUUGUCUGAAAGAGAGAUAAUACCAGUUAUGGAACCACCAGAGAGAAGUCAAACUGGUGCUUUUGAAUCGGCGGAGAAGAUUAUCCUCCGGUGGGACUCCACGGCGUCUGAGGACGCUAGAGAGAGGAUGAUUUUCGAGGGGGAUCGAGAAGGGGUCGAUCGUUACUUACAGGCCGUCGAUGAAAUCCAACGGUCCAUGUCGUCUGUUUCGAUCUCCGCCGACGACGAUGACCAGAGUAACCUCCAGAAACAGUCCAGCUGCAAGGUCAACUCCACCAUCCAAAUCGCCAUGGCUCGGCUAGAGGACGAGUUUCGCAACAUCCUUCUCUCCCAUUCCACACCCAUCGACGCACCUUCUCUCCUCGCCGUCACUACUUCCGAUCCUUCUUCCUCUUUCUCCUCAACGACCCAUAACGCUUUAUCCACCCAUGGAAGCGGGGAGCUCGAUGAAGAAGAAGACGGCGAGGAAGGGGAUCUUCUAGGUUCGGGUGAGUUCGGGAGCAGUAACAGCAGUACAAGGAGUAGUUACCGAUCCACAAGCAGUAUCCGGGAGAUCGAUCUUAUCCCCGAUGAAGCGAUUCUAGACCUGAGAUCGAUCGCCCAAAGAAUGGUCUCCUCCGGCUACCUACGGGAGUGCAUCCAGGUUUACGGCAGUGUACGGAAAUCCUCCGUGGACGCCGGGUUUAGAAAGCUGGGAAUCGAGAAGCUCAGCAUCGGUGAUAUCCAGAGGUUGGAGUGGGAGGCGCUGGAGAGUAAGAUCAGGCGGUGGAUUCGGGCUGCGAAAGUCUGCGUCAGGAUCCUCUUCGCCAGCGAGAAGAAGCUCUGUGAGCAAAUCUUUGAUGGGCUGGGUACAGCUAUAGACGACGCUUGUUUUAUGGAGACUGUUAAAGGUCCCGCCAUUCAGUUGUUCAAUUUCGCAGAAGCCAUAAGCAUCAGUAGAAGAUCGCCGGAGAAGUUGUUCAAGAUUUUGGAUUUACACGACGCGUUAAUGGACUUAUUGCCUGAUAUUGAAAAUGUUUUCGACUCAAAAUCUUCGGAUUCAAUUCGGGUUCAGGCGGCCGAGAUUCUUUCAAGACUUGCAGAGGCUGCAAGAGGGAUAUUAUCGGAAUUUGAGAAUGCUGUUCUUCGUGAGCCGUCUAGAGUUCCUGUACCAGGAGGGACUAUUCACCCAUUAACAAGGUACGUGAUGAAUUAUAUCAGUUUGAUCUCUGAUUAUAAGCAGACUUUAAUUGAGCUUAUAAUGUCAAAACCAUCAACUGGGACAAGAUAUUCUGGUGAUCCAACCACGCCUGAUAUGGACUUUGGUGAGCUAGAGGGUAAAACACCAUUAGCUUUGCAUUUGAUUUGGAUAAUUGUGAUUCUGCAAUUCAACUUGGAUGGCAAGUCUAAACAUUACAAAGAUGCAUCUUUAGUCCAUCUGUUUAUCAUGAACAACGUUCAUUAUAUUGUUCAGAAGGUGAAAGGGUCGCCUGAGUUGAGAGAAAUGAUUGGGGAUGAUUACUUGAGGAAGUUGACUGGGAAAUUCAGACAGGCAGCCACUAAUUAUCAGAGAGCUACAUGGGUGAGAGUGCUGUAUUGUUUAAGAGAUGAAGGGUUGCAUGUGAGUGGGAGUUUCUCUUCGGGUGUGUCGAAAAGUGCUUUGAGAGAGAGGUUUAAGGCCUUCAAUGCCAUGUUUGAGGAGGUUCAUAGGACUCAAGCCACAUGGUUUGUUCCAGAUUCUCAGCUUAGAGAGGAGCUUAGGAUAUCUAUAUCGGAGAAGUUGAUCCCAGCUUAUAGAUCGUUUCUUGGGAGAUUCAGGAGCCAUAUCGAGAGUGGAAAACACCCAGAGAACUACAUCAAGUAUUCAGUCGAAGAUUUAGAGACUGCUGUGUUGGAUUUCUUCGAGGGAUACUCCGUAUCCCAGCACACUAGAAGAAGAUCCCAGUGAAGUUGAGUUUUGUCAAAUUAGGAACUAGGGAGACAUUCUUUAAAUUUUUUAUGAAGUUUUUGAGUGAUAUGAGGGUGCUGGUCAAUCUGGGCUGCCAUCAAUUCUUUCAAGUAAAAAACUUUCACCAGCUAUGGAGGUUGAUCUUGUUUAGCAAGGCAGGUUUUAUUCUCAGUAAACAACCAGGCCCUUGGCCCUCAAUGCUUCUGCACUGUAAGCAUUACCAUAUCAUGUUUGCUCUGUUACCACAUUCUAGAUUUUUGUUCAUAUGGUUGUUCCAUUUCCAUGUGUGUUCUCUCUGUUAUUUAUGAUUAUGAUCAGGAAGCAAUUGUUCUUUCCAA